GUUUGUUUGAGUAUAAAUAUGUGGUUUCUUAUAUGCAUUCAAAUAUCUUCACUUCUAUUUUUCACUCAUUCAUACUUUUAUCAUUUUCUUCUUUUUGCUCUUCCUAUGGAACUUGCCUUCAACUACAUCGAUGAUUUCCCUUUCAUCAAGUUGAGCACUCGC